CUUGUUGCUCUGCAGGCCAGGGAGGGGGCAGGCCUGCUCCCCUCUGCAGAGGGCGGUGUCCCUUGGCUCGGCUGGAUAAAGCAGCUGGACACACAAUCGGUCGCCCUCUGCUAUUGCCAAACGCGCCUCCUAACCUGCUGGACCAAGCUGCGGCGCGCGGCUCCUCCUCGCCACCAUGAAAACAAUCAUUGCAGCCUGUUCCCAAAACCUUAGUGGCAGCCGUGGCAGCGUCCAGGCAGCCCUGCGCACCCUGCUCGCAGUGCCCUGGCCCUCGCAGAAGGACAUCCGCUCCUGGCUCCAGCUCCUCUCCGUCCUGCAGUGGGUGCUCAGCUUCCUGCUGCUGGGAACCGUCAGCCUGGUGGUCCUCAUCUACCUGCUGUUCACCAGCUUCUGGCCCAUCCCUGUGCUCUACCUGGCCUGGAUCAUCUUCGACUGGGACACGCCGGAGAAAGGUGGCAGGAGGCUGCCAUGCCUGCGGCAGUGGUCUGUGUGGAGGCACUUUCGGGAUUAUUUCCCUGUGAAGCUCGUGAAGACACAUGACCUGUCCCCCAGCCACAACUACAUCAUUGGCUGCCACCCCCACGGCAUCCUCUGCGUCGGUGCCUUCUGCAACUUCAUCACAGGCUCAACAGGCUUCAAUGAGCUGUUCCCCGGCAUCCGGUGCUUCCUCACCACCCUGGCUGGCAACUUCCGCCUGCCCGUCUUCAGGGAGUACUUGAUGAGUGGGGGCCUGUGCCCGGUGACCCGCCGCGCCAUCGGGUACCUGCUGUCCCAGAACGGCUCCGGCAACGCCGUGGCCAUCGUGAUCGGCGGCGCGGCCGAGUCGCUCUCCUGCCGCCCCGGCGUCACUACGCUGAUCCUGAAGAACCGCAAGGGCUUCGUCCGCAUGGCUCUGCGCCACGGGGCCCACCUCGUCCCAUCCUUCUCCUUUGGGGAGAACGACCUCUUCCGCCAAGUGGUGUUCGAGGAGGGCAGCUGGAUGAGGAGCAUCCAACAGCGCUUUCAGAAGAUGAUGGGCUUUGCUCCCUGCUUCUUCUACGGCCGGGGCCUCACCUCUGACCAGUCCUGGGGCUUCCUCCCCUUCGCCAGACCCAUCACCACUGUGGUUGGGGAGCCGGUGGCGGUGCCCAUGAUCCCGAACCCGAGCCGUGAGACGGUGGACAAGUACCACGAGCUGUACAUCCGCUCCCUGGUCAAGCUCUUCAACAAAAACAAGACCAAGUACGGACUGCAGGAGACCGACAAGCUGCACAUCCUCUGAGCGCAGCCGGCGCCGGCAGCCGGAUCCUGGCUCGCAAGGGCAGCUGGCACUUGAGGGCGGGGAUCUGAGCCGGCACAGCCCGAGGGUCACACAGGGCACGGUCCCCGCUCCCAGCCCUCCACUCCUCCAGCCAAAAGCCCUGAGUGGAAGGUGGGAGGAGAGGAGGAAGUGAGGGGAAGGGGAGACUGGGGAAGGGUUCCCCUUGAGAGGGGUUUGGAGGGGCUGUGGGUGACACAGCUGUCCCUAAAGGGGAGGCUGGUGUGAGGCUGGGGGCCAGCUAUGGGCACGGUCUCCCCAGGAUGACCAGGAGCUGAGGAAGGGGGUGUCACAUGAGUUGGGGAUGAGAUGGGCUCUCUGAGGUGGCAUCCCAAUGGUGAGUGGGACUCAGCUGGGGAGGUGUCCCCCCUGGGGUGGAGGGAGGACACUGCUGGAUGUGGGGACCUGUGGAAAUAGCUUCAGCUGGGACUGUGUGGCCCUGGGCAAGGGGCAGGUGCUGUCUGGCCCCAGAUGAGCCUUUUCUGCUGCCUCUGUACACAAUACAGUUUU